AUGAAGAGACUAAACCUGAUAGUGUGUAACAUUGGCAAUGGUGGCAUAGCAACGUCUCCGGCAUCGCGGGUACUACAGCAAGAAGUCAAGAAGCAUUCUUAUAGGUCGUUCCUGUACUCAUUACCAGUCAAACCAUUGUGCGAUUUAUCUCUUCCAAUAUGCCGUUUUGCUCAUAGUGAUGUACGUUUUCCGGACAUCAGCGAUCAACGCGGUAUCACCAAUCCGACGAAAGCUGCUAGCUCAACGGAAAAUAUACGACGCUCGGUGCGGCAAGGGAUCAUUUUUGGAGUUGGUGGCGCCAUUUAUCUGAUGAUGACUACGAAACUUGUCCAGACUGUUGCUUAUUUCAAAAAUAUGCCUGCCGAUCAAGUUGCUCUUGGCACAACACAAAUUAAUUUGGAUGAAGUACAUGAAGGACAGUGCAAAGUUUUCAAUUGGCGUGGCAAACCGUUAUUCGUGAAGCAUCGUACAGAGGAGGAAAUUGAGGAAGCCAGAAAUGUGAAACUGAGUGAACUGAGAGAUCCGGAAGAAGACUCAGCGCGUGUAAAACGUCCGGAAUGGCUCAUCUUAAUUGCAAUAUGUUCGCAUCUGGGAUGUGUUCCUAUACAUGGAAAGGGUGAAUAUGAUGCGUGGUUGUGCCCUUGUCACAGUUCAUCAUUCGACAAAUCGGGUCGUAUACGAUCAGGACCAGCACCCAACAAUCUCGAAGUACCACCGUAUAAAUUUUACGACGACCAUACUGUAGUGAUCGGUGAAGAAUAA